AUGAACGCCGAUCCGAUCAAGAGAGAGAGAGAAGUUUCUCCAGCUGCCGAUCGACCAUCCCACGUCAAAGAACCGGUCAAGUCUUUCGCGAUGCCGUUCUCACCAACCCACGCGUCGAUGUUCACCAACACUCUCAGACGAACAUCCUUCGCUCACGGAGAGGAGAUCGAGCACCUCUCGUCCAACUCCCCAUCCGCGCCUUCACACAACCUACCUGGAAUGCAGCCUUCCGCAUCGACCUCCUGGAUCAACCCGUUCGGUCGGGCUUCGUUCAGCGUGGAUCGUUCCGACGACGUCUACGUUCCUCCUGAAUCGCUCCCUUCUUCACGACGACCUGCCGCGGCCACCAUCAUCUCGACGCUGCUCCACUCGAGAAAGGAGAGAUCGAGCCAAGAUGGUCUGGACAGCGAAUACGAGCCUCCUGCGGCGAUGGCGACGGCGAGGAGGCCGUCGGCGAUAUUCAAGGCGUGGAAGAAUCGUCGCGCCUCCCAAUCUAACCAAGCUUCUGCUCGAGAUGCUUCCACCACUCCAACAGCAUCGACCGGCGUUAGGAGAACGUCGUUUGCCGUGAGCCGAGUCCUGACACCAUCGGCGUUGAGGAAUACCAAAAGGGACGACGGCUCGAUCUCAAGCGACGACACUCGACGCCGAAGCCUUAGCAUCGUGUGUCGUGGUGAACGCGAAUCCAACGAACUCGACCCGACCGCCGAUCGAACCAUGUACACCGCACCUCUUCAAACCAAUGCAACAGCGAACGGCGUCACCGCAGCAAUGGCAAUUCGAGACACUUGGUUGUACGCCUCCCACCAGUACACGGCAGAUGACAGGAAGGGAAGCGUAAGCACCAUCGCUACGAGUCCGACCUACUCGAACCAUGUCCCGCCCAAACCGGUGUUUGGCAGGAAAAGCAUUUCCGGUGUCACCGCGCCGGUGGCGGUAGGGUUGGAUGUGGAGGACCAGCGUUUGCAGCACGAGUCGUUGCAGCAAAGGCUGGAGAAGAAGGGCAAAGGGCAAGACGAUGGAGUGAGCGUGGUCUCGUUGAGCUUGACCGAGGAGAUAGCGUUGUACACGACCGAUGUCGAGACGGUGGAGAAGAAUGCGGGGAGGGCGAGAGCAAGUGUAAGUGGUGCGAGCGGAGGUGUUGAUGGGGUUGCGCAGGGUGGAGCGCCAUUUGUGUGGAAUCUUCCGGUGUGGAAUGCGGAGGCGAUCAACGGUAGAGGGACGAAUGUCGGUGGUGAUGCGGAAGGAAGGCUGCCUGAACUCUCGCCUGCACCGGCAGUGAUGAUCGCGGAUCCUUUUGACGGCCUGAGCACCAGUGCUGAUAUGCAAAGGACAGAAAGUGGUGCGUUGGAUCCAGCACUCUCACCUUUACCAUCACGUUCCCCCUCUUCUCGCACUCCGAGCUCGGAAAUGGCUUCCAUCGGUCACCACGCAUCACGACGAACUUCGACCGUCCAAUUUGCAACUCCACAGUGGAACACCGCAUCUCCUUUCCGUCCCGACGCACCACUUCUCUCCCCCUCCGUCGUAAUCUCGCACCGACCAUCCAUCGCUGCAAGCAACUCCUACCACUCGGCGCAAGAUCACUCCCCAACAUCGCUCGAUUUCCCACCCUCUUCCCCGAGAUCCGCUCCCUCGUCCAAGAUCGACGCAGCGGCUCGACGCGGUACGACGUACUACGACGCAUCAUCUCUACCCAUCGUCGACGAAAUGCCUCCUUCGCCUACGAUGCAGCCUGCACAGGACAUCGUGUUGCCCGCUCGAUCGCCUGCUUCCCCCGUAUCGGUGCGAUCGUUCGGUCACAGCGAAACAUCGUUCGAGAUGCGAAGUCUGAGGAGGAGGACCUCGUACUCUCUCCCGAGACCGCCACCGGGAUACGAACAGACGAAGUUGUUUGAGGAGGAGGAAGAGUCGGAGGAACAUGCGCCGACGCCCAGGUUGUUGUCCGCGGAGUUCGAGUCGACCUGUUCGCCGUUGUCGUCGAGCUUUGAGCCGGAGACGCCGGGUGUAGAUGGCACGACGAGUUUCCCGAGUGGCAUCAGUGGUGCUGAGGAGGAGGAGUCAAAGGGGAGGAAGGUGGACGACGCGGGGGAUGACCUGCAUGCGCAGUUCUGUUCGGUGCUUCUGUUGGAUCUGGGCGAUGGCAGGGCGAUUCCGUUGGGUCACAGUCCGGGAAUCGAGCCGAGAGCCGAUCCGUUCGCCCUGUCGGCUCAUUGA